AUGGCAGAGCAUGGAGAGAAAGAUGCUGUCACUGCUAACGAGACCACGAGGCAUGGCGUCGACCCGGAGAGGCUCAAUGAUCCGAAGAUGCAGAAACUGGCAGGUGAAAUCACCUACGAGGAUGAGAUCGACCCCGUGGAGCGACAACACAAUCCGCUUGCCCAGAAGCUGCGUUCGCGACACAUGCAGAUGAUUGCAAUUGGCGGUUCGAUCGGAGCUGGUCUUUUUGUCGGCUCGGGUGGUGCUUUGCGAACAGGUGGCCCUGGCAGUGUUCUUCUCGGCUUCAUCAUCAUCGGCUUCAUGUUGCUCUGCACGAUGCAAGCGCUGGGUGAAUUGGCUGUCCUGUACCCGGUGAAUGGCGGUUUCUACACAUACAUUACCCGCUUUGUCGACCCGUCACUCGGUUUCGCGGUCGGAUGGGACUAUGCCAUUGGGUGGCUAACCGUUCUGCCCUUCGAACUCACCGCGGCUUCGAUCACGAUCCAAUAUUGGCGCGACGACAUCCAUGUCUCUGUCUGGAUUACUGUGUUCCUGGUCUUUCUGAUCCUGGUCCAAGUCUUCGGCGUUCUUGGGUAUGGCGAAGUCGAGUUUGCGCUGUCAAUGAUCAAGAUCAUUGCUUGUAUCGGCUUCAUCAUCUUCGGCAUCGUUGUUGACUGUGGUGGCGUACCUUCUGACAAUCGUGGCUAUAUCGGUGCGCGUUACUGGCAUAAUCCAGGCGCAUUUCAGAAUGGAUUCAAGGGCUUCUGCACUGUUUUCGUGACAGCAGCCUUCGCAUUUGGUGGAACGGAGCUGGUCGGACUUGCGGCCGCCGAAGCAGCGGACCCUCACCGCUCCCUUCCCAAGGCUACCCGACAGGUCUUCUGGCGAAUCGCAACAUUCUACGUCCUCUCGCUGUUCAUCGUCGGCCUGAUUGUCCCCUCGGAUAGCCCUGAUCUCCUUGGUGCUAGUGGAGCCAACACCAAGGCAUCCCCUUUUGUGCUGGCCAUCAAAUAUGCCGGUGUCAAGGGCCUGCCUUCCGUCUUCAACGCCGUCAUCACCAUCUCGGUAAUCAGUGUCGCGAACAGCUGCACCUACGGCUCUUCUCGCACCAUGCAGGCGCUCGCGGCACGAGGCAUGGGCCCCAGAUUUCUGAUGUACGUCGACAGGCAGGGUCGACCUGUGUGGUGCAUCGUCGUGCAGCUCCUGUUCGGCUGCCUCGCUUACAUUGGGGAGGCCAAUGCGUCGGGCACCAUUUUCACCUGGCUGCUCUCGCUCUCCGGCUUGAGUUUCUUCUUCCUCUGGUUCAGCAUCAAUCUCUCACAUAUCCGUUUCCGCCACGGCUGGUACCACCACGGCUUCACCAAAGAGCAGCUGCCCUACCAAGCCGCGUUCGGCAUUUGGGGCUCUUACAUCGGCGUCUUCCUGUGUGCGAUUGCGAUCAUCGCAACCUUCUACACCUCGUUGUUCCCGCUGGGCGGCAGUCCUGAUCCGGAGAUCUUUUUCGAGAACUUCCUUGCCGCGCCGAUCGUCAUUGCCUUGUACCUUGGCUGGAAGGUCUUCUCGCGGGAUUGGAAGCUGUUCAUCCGUUCGAGCGAGAUGAAUGUCACGACUGGUAUCAGACGGGGUAGUCUCGAAUUUGCGACACAAAGCGGGCGAGUACCUGGGUGGAAGAAGGCGCUCAGGGCGUUCAUCUAG